UGGACUGUUGCAAGCAGCGCUGAGUUUUUUUUAAUUUAUGAAAGUAGAAAACUACAAAAUAUUUCAAUUAAAAGUUCAUUGACUAAUGCAUAACAAUGAAAACUAUGUCCGUUUUCGGUGUUGUGUUGGUCGCCAGAUUGUUCUCCGCAAAAUUCUUGCACAUCACGGAUUGUGACGAGACCUACAACUAUUGGGAACCUCUACAUUAUCUGCUGUACGGAAAGGGUCUGCAGACGUGGGAAUAUAGCCCUGCGUAUGGACUGCGGUCAUAUUUGUAUUUAAUACUACAUGCCGCACCUGCAUGGAUCUUGCAGAAGUUAACGCUACUGGAUAGUACAUCAUUGUUCUACUGCAUUCGGUGCAUACUAGCUGUUGUGUGUGCUUCCCUAGAAGCAAUCAUGUUCAGAUCUGUUCAUCGUAACUUCGGUUCAUUGAUAGCAAAACUGUGGCUUAUGUUCCAAGUGUUUAGUCCAGGAAUGUUCAUAUCAAGUACAGCAUUACUUCCAAGCACAUUUUCAAUGUAUUUGACCAUCGCUUUUGUUUCGAUGUGGUGGGAAAAACAUUACAAGCUGGCUAUUUUGAGCAUCGUAAUUUCAUCUUUUAUCGGUUGGCCUUUCGCAGCAUUUGUCAGCUUACCAUUUGUAUACAACGUAUUAGUUCAGCAACGGUUAUUUAGAAUGUUUUUGUGUUGGAGUUGCCUGUUUGCUAUUUUAAUUGGAGUUCCUCUGGUUAUAGUGGAUUCUUAUUUGUACGGAAACCUAACGUUUGCACCGUUUAAUAUUGUUGUUUACAAUAUCUUCUCACAACAUGGCCCAAAUCUAUUCGGAGUGGAAUCUAAAUAUUUUUACUUCAUCAAUUUGUUUUUGAAUUUCAAUGUAGUUUGGUGUUUUGCAAUGUUAUGUCCGAGUGUGAUAGUUUUGAAAUUUGCGCUGCAAAAAAUUGCUCCAGUCAAGCUCCACGCCAACCGUUUGCAACAAGGUAUCCUUUGGAAAAUAUCGCCUCUAUAUGUUUGGAUGCUUAUGUUCUUCAUGCAGCCGCAUAAAGAAGAAAGGUUUAUAUUCCCUGUUUACCCAAUGGUCACACUUUGCGGUGCGAUAGCGAUUACAACUAUUAUGCAGGUCAUGGAUAUGUUAUUUCAACGAUAUGGAAAACAUACAUUGCGCAUGCUCAGGAAUGCUCUCCUGUGUGGAGCUAGUCUCACUUUUAUUGUUUUAAGUUUAUCAAGAUUAUUUGCGUUGUAUGUUAACUAUCAUGCUCCCAUGGAAAUCAGUUCGCGUGUAGAUGUAUCUCCUGCAGCAAAGAAUAUAUGCCUAGGAAAAGAGUGGCAUCGAUUUCCCGGGAACUUUUUCCUUCCUAGUAAUUAUCGGUUAAGAUUUGUGAGAUCACAUUUCAACGGUCUUCUUCCAGCUUAUUUUGACGAAACUGAGAUGGGGUCGACUGUAGUCCAUAGCUAUUUUAACAACAUGAAUCAACCUAACAGCCACAUGUUGUUUGAUAUUUCAAAAUGUGAUUACAUCGUUGAUUUUGACACCGAAGAAAAUUUGUCGCUUAAUGAGACUGAACCAAAUUAUUCCAAAGAUAGUGCAACAUGGGAAAUAGUACACAGUGUUCCUUUCCUAAAUUCUGGCGUUUCACACAGCGUUUACAGAGCGUUUUAUGCGCCAUACAUAGGGAAAAAAUAUGUUAAGUUUGGUAGUUAUAAUCUAUUGGCUCGUAAGAUGUAGUAAAUGAAGUAAUCUCUAGAUAUUGUUUAGUUUUUUCGAUGACAAUCUCCAUAAAAAACUCAAUUGUAUUAGUACAGAUUGGUUUCAGUUAUUCACUUGUU